CCUGGUCUUUUUGCAGGGAAAAAGACUGAUCCACUCCAACCAACCUCUUCCUCUUCCUCUUCCUCCUCCUCUUCCUCCUCCUUUCUCCUCCUCUUUCUCCUCUUCUUCCUCCUCCCCCACCUGCGACUCUUCUUUAUCUCUGCAUGUUUCUCAGGCUCAGAGCUCCAGAGAGGCUAUAAAGGAAAGGACCGGGGCAGAAGACCGGGGCAGAUCCAGAGGGGCAGAAGACCGGGGCAGAAGACCGGGGCAGAUCCAGAGGGGCAGAAGACCGGGGCAGAUCCAGAGGGGCAGAAGACCGGGGCAGAUCCAGAGGGGCAGAAGACCGGGGCAGAUCCAGAGGGGCAGAAGACCGGGGCAGAUCCAGAGGGGCAGAAAUGGCCGGGAGGACCGUCCUGAUUGUGUACGCCCACCAGAGUCCCGCGUCCUUCAACGCGGCGCUGCGGGACGUGGCGGUGAGCGAGCUGAGUAGGCGGGGCUUCACCGUCCUCGUGUCCGACCUCUACGCCAUGAGGUUCAACGCCAGCGCCACUGUGGACGACAUCACAGGCGAGCUGAAGAACUCGCAGCUGUUUCAGUACGGAGAGGAGACCAUGCACGCCUGGAUGGAGGGACGUCUCAGUGAGGACAUCAUGGCCGAGCAGCAGAAAGUCCAACAAGCCGAACUCAUCAUAUUCCAGUUCCCGCUGUACUGGUUCAGUGUUCCUGCCAUCAUGAAGGGCUGGAUGGACCGGGUCCUCACGCAGGGCUUCGCCUUCUCUCUGGAGAGGAUGUACGACACGGGCGUCUUCAAGGAUAAGAAGGCCAUGCUGUCCUUCACCACUGGCGCCACGGAGACCAUGUUCCAGCCCGACGGCGUCAACGGAGACAUCAACGUCACCCUGUGGCCUCUGCAGAACGGGGUCCUGCACUUCUGUGGGUUCCAGGUCCUGGCCCCACAGAUCUUCUGGAGCCCCGCCCACUGCCCAGCCCCGGUGCGGGCGGCCAUGUUGGAGGGGUGGCGGGCGCGGCUGGGUGGCCUGCCUGCCGAGGAGCCGCUGAGCUUCGCACCCUGCCGCCUCUUCGACCUGAGCUUCCGGGGGGGCUUCCUGCUCCGACCCGAGGCCAGGGAGGCCCUGGGGGGCCGGCGCUGGGGGCUCACCACGGGACACCACCUGGGGAAGCCGCUGCCGCCCCACAACCAGACCAGGUCCCGGGUCCAGGAGGGGGCCGGGGUCCGGGAGCAGACCAGUGUCCGGGAGCAGACCAAGGUCCGGGAGCAGACCUGGGUCCAGGAGGAAACCCAGGCUGCAGGGCAGCACCACCAGGAGGGGUCCAGGACGCCGCCGGACCAGGACGCUGGUCCUCCAGCUGAUGAAUGAAGGAAAUGUGAGACGUGUUACUCAGACUGAAUAAAGGCUGAAGAUGAUGAUGAUGAUGAUGAUGAUGAUGAUGAUGAUGA